AACGUAAUGGUAUAUUUUUAAAAAAGGUUUGUGGGGAAAGCGCUAGCGUUAGCGACAGUGUGUGUUCCGAUUGGCGUGCAGAGUUGUCCAGCUUAACAGAAAGUUAUGAACCACACAACAUUUUUAACACCGACGAGACCGGCUUAUUCUUUAAAUGCAUGCCGGACAAGACAUUUACAUUUAAAGACGAGAAAUGCCACGGAGGGAAACAUAGUAAGGAAAGGUUAACUCUUCUGUUGACUGUUAACAUGGAUGGUUCCGAAAAAUUGAAGCCCCUCCUCAUCGGGAAAGCAGCAAAACCUAGGUGUUUUAAAGGUAUCCAGUCAUUUCCCGUAACCUACCGCUCGAACAAAAUGGCGUGGAUGACAACGGAGUUGUUUAACGAGUGGUUAAAUUCAUUGAACAGCGACAUGAAAAAACAAAAUCGUGAAAUCCUCUUAUUCCUUGAUAACUGUUCAGUUCAUAACAACCCUCCAAAUCUCUCGAAUGUGAAACUUCACUUUUUUCCACCAAAUACAACAUCCAAGUUGCAGCAUCUAGACCAAGGCAUAAUUCAAAACUUCAAAGCAUUUUACAGACAUGAAAUAGUCAAGAUUGUACUGGAUGGAAUUGACAGUAAUGAAACUCCAAACAUCUCUAUUCUCACAGCCAUGUUGAUUGUUGAAAAAGCGUGGAAAAGUGUGAGUCACACGACAAUAUUUAACUGUUUUCGUAAGUCUGGAUUCUGUAUUAACACACCCGAUGAAGAACUUCAAGUUGUGCAGCCAACACCUUGGGAAUCUCACCCUGUAAUAGGAGAUGUUCCAUUUGAAGAUUUUGUGCCAGUUGAUGACGAAGUUGCAGUAUGGGGAACCCUUACUGAUGCUGACAUCUUGGCCGCUAAAAAUAAAGAACAACCUGAUGUUGAUAACUAUGAGGAAGACCAGGAGUUCCCGCCUGUCACACUGAAGGAAGCCAGCACAUCCUUAGAAAAGCUGCGCCAUUUUUCUCUCCAGGUAAAAGCAUCGCAAUAA